ACGAAUGUUUUUGUAGCGUCGUUUCCGCAUUCAGUGGGGUGAUUUUCGCCGUGUCAUGUGAACUCAAACCUUUAGGGUGGUUUUAUUUCCAACCCCCUGGGACUCUUCAUCGAGGUCCAGAGGAUUACCCGCCGCUCCAGAGCUCUUUUCAGCGGGCGUGCUGACAGACUUGGGUCCGGGGCGGUCAGCCAUGGCGGACGAGGAGCGGUCACCGCUGCUGCCCGAGCAGCAGUACGCGACCAACGGCUUCUUCCCGCAGAGAGGCUCUGGUGGAUAUCCACAGAGUAUAGUGCCGUUCCCCAGCUUUGUGGAGCCCAGCGAAGCUCCGCCCCCGUAUUCGCCCCAGGGCAGUCCAGACAGCAGCAGCGCCCCGGUCAUCAGCUGUCGGGUCUGUCAGACGGCCAUCUCUGUGGAGGGAAAGACGCAUCAGCAUGUGGUGAAGUGCAGCAUCUGCAACGAAGCUACGCCGAUAAAGAACGCUCCCGUUGGAAAGAAGUACGUUCGCUGUCCGUGUAACUGUCUGCUGAUCUGCAAAGUCACAUCCCAAAAGAUCGCCUGUCCCAGGCCGUACUGUAAGCGCGUCAUCAACCUGGGACCAGUCCACAUCGGCAGCGACAGUCCAGAACCGCGGCACCAAGCCGUUGGACUCAGGGUCAUCUGCGGACACUGCGCCAACACAUUCCUGUGGACGGAGAUUUCAGACCGGACUUUGGCCCGAUGUCCACACUGCCGAAAAGUUUCUUCAGUUGGUCGGCAAUACCCGAGGAGGAGGAGCUGGCUGUGUUUUCUGCUCUUUGUUAUUCUGGCAGCAUCCACCGCUGGACUUUUGGUUGGUACGUGGAAGCCGGCGCAGCACUCAAAGGGCAUCUACGUGUCGUGGGUGCUGCUGAUUGUGUUAGCUUUUUUUACCUUGAUAAGAACCAUGUACUGGAGGUGUUUUAAGAUCAGCGACCCCGUAUCCAACAUCACAUAGAGAGACCGUUCAGGAACUGAAAGAGGGAAGUCAGUUCCUGUCGCAGAUCAAGUACCUGAUCAGGAGCACGCAAGACAAGUGGUGAACGAUCUGAGAGUUGGUGUGGUAACCUUGAAAUGACACAGGAAGGGAAAACUAACUGAAUUUAGAGUAAAAUAUCUUUCUUGUGCUAUACUGGGUUUAAAGAAAUAAAAGCUGCUAGUUGUCCAAAAACAACACUGAGAUUUUGUUGAGCAUUUUCUAUUUUAUUGCCAUCAUCAAGUUUAAAAAGUAUUAACAUAAAUAAAUGAAAGGAAUCUGAACUACAAAGCAGGAUCAACAUCGUAGUAAAGUAACUUCAGGUGUCUUUGAGUUUUUUAUGUAAGCUGCUUCAUUGAAAACACAAACUAACUUUUUGGUUUCUCAAAUGAAAUCACAUCACAGCAAAAACUUUUCACCAGGUUUAUGUUUAAAUCUCCAGGAUCACAUUGUAAGAAGACCGUUUAUUUACAAAAGUCAGUAUUUAUCUCACUGUGUCUUAAAAUCACAAACUUUCUCUAUAAAAACUAUUCUGUUGGAUUUGUAAUAGUUUUACAUAUAAUGUAACAUAUAAUGUUUGUAUUUUCCUUUUAGAGCUGCAGUAUGUAACUUUUAUACAAAAUAUAUUUUUUUUUACAUAUUUGUUGAACCUGUUGGUGCUGUCAAUCAUCCUCUGUGUGGUGCUGCUCUUCUCCUGUUUGCUCUCUGCUAUGCCACAGCUAGCAUAGCCUGUUGUAAAUGCCAGAGCUAGUUAGCAUGGAAACCAGUGAUGGUGGAUAAACAUUUUCCUGUAACAGGAAGUUGGUUUUCCACCAUUAGAACAGUUAGCAGCUCGUUUACUAGGUUGAUUAACAGCGCUAAGACCCUCUUCCUGACUCUGAUUUGUUGUUUUUGUUCAGAACUAGUGCAUUUCUUCAGACGGCAAUGGUAAAUCUGUCUUUUCACAGAUUAUUUGUCUCAUAUUAAAAUGUCUCAACAUGGAGACAGUUUUAACAAAUAUGUAAAAACAUAAUUUUAAAUGAAAGUUCCUGCAGCUUUAUUUAUUUUCUAAAGUAGAUUAAUGCUGGAUAAUUGCACUUUUGGUGGGUUUGCACCUCUGAGAUUAAAAUUUUUGAGUAACAAUCAUUUUAAAAGAAUAUUUAAACACUCCUUUAAGCAGAUUAACCCAUUAAAAUAACAUCAAAUAUCAAAUCUACAUGAGAUUUAGGGAGAAAUUAAUCAUGAAGUUAAUCAGUUUCACAUUGGUUCCCACCCCCCAGUUUUCCAUCUUCCACAAAUAAAAGUAAACUCUCAUCUCAGGAUUAUCUCUUUUUAAUUUGAACUCUAAUCCUGGGAUCUAAUCCUGACUCUAAGUGAAAAUAGAAAAUGGUAAAAUCUUCUCAAAUCUCAGUUGUUCAUGCUAAUUAACUCGGAUCACCUGAAGAAACUUUAAACCUGUUGGGCCUGCUUUGUGGCCCAGAGUAGUAAAAGUAGAGAGAUUCAUCUCUGAUUGGUUAUUUUAUCUUCUGGAUGAAUCGGCAUUUUUGUUCUGCCAGAUUAUUAGAAAAUACGAGGAAAAAUGAAAUGAAAACGGGAACUUACUGAUGUUUUGAUGAAUUGUCAUGUUUUCAAUGGACAUAAAAAUAACCUGGAAUGAUCAGGAGUUUAUUAAAUGCCAUCAUUUCAAUUUUACCAACACGAAUACAAACUUUUGUCUUCAGAUGGAUAUAUAUUGAUGAUAAAUUGAUGUUUUUGUGCUUUACUUUUUGCAGGGAGUUAAUUUAAAGUAUAAAUGCUCUUACAGAAACCAAUUGGCAUAGAAAAAGCUCUAAAAUUGAAGCUUAAAUCAAUCCCACUAACAGGAUAUUAACGUGUUUUUAUUGUCCGGUACAGAGUUGAGGUCUAGCACUGGGGCUUAAAAUAAAAAACAUCUGAAGUUGUAUUAAAAAAAUUAUCUAAAAGCUGAGUUGACUUCUUUAAAGAAAUAGUCAAACUUGAACUGAUAAUGAAGGUUUAAUGUGUUUAAGUAAUUUAUAGUUUCUUCAAAAACAAGAAGAUGUCAAGAAUAUUUUACCUCAUGAAGCCUAAAUGAACAGAAAAUGUAAAAUAUGAAGCAUUCGAAGAAACACGUGUUUCACUUCAGCGGCAUUGUUCAUUUAAUGUAAUCAUUUAAAUUGAUUUAUUUGCAGAUUAGAAGGAAUAAAGUAAGUUCUUGUUUUGUUACCAAUGAAAGGCCUUUGCUCAAUUUAGUGUAAAAAAUAUCUUAAUUCAGUUUAUUUAAUGUGUAAAUAAGAAGAAUAGUUUAUAGGUGAAUGAUUUUGGGAAUCUUUAAGUUAAUUAUAACCUCGUGUUUAUUAGCAUGUUAGCAUUCAUACAGGGACUUUUGAACAUGUCUGAUUUAUUUGUGAUUUUAUUUUUUAUUUUUUGUUUAUUCAUAAAAAUCAACUUUCGUCUUGAAAGAAAACUCUGAUCUGAAUCUGAUUAAAUCUAAUGUGUGGAAAUACAUUAAGUGCUAAUGUCUCUGUGAAAAUGUAAAUAUUUCAGGAGUUUCUGCUGCCCCCUUGUGUUUGAUUAAUGUAUGUACCUGCUGACUGUGACGUUGCACUACAUUGUACUGAAGUACUACUCCUGUCUGGUUCUCUCACUGUAGUUUUGGUGGCUGGAUGCUUUAUUUUGUAUAUUGUGAAACAAAGUAAUACCUUUAACAAAC